UACGGAGACACUUCAAACAUGUGACGAAAGAGAGACGGGGAAGAAGAGUGAGGCGAAGGAAACCACCCUUCCGUCCGUCGUCUCCAACCUCUCAUCCCUUCUCCUCCCCAAAUACAUCCAGCCCCAAAUCCGCCGCUGCCAGCCCGUCAAUUUUUCUUUUUGCCCCCCUUCCUCCUCCUCCGCGACAACCGUCCCCGAGCUGCGGCAGAUCAGUGGCGCCUCCCUCCUCCCUCCCCCCGCAAGGAAUUUUUUCCUCUGGCCGGUUCUUGGGAGGGAUUUCUUGCCUUCUGCGUCCGGGUUCCUUGAGGCAUGCAGAGCCAGAUCGUGUGCCAUGGGUGCAGGAGCGUUCUACUCUACCCCAGAGGCGCCCCGAGCGUGUGCUGCGCGGUAUGCCACGCCGUCACCAGCGCCCCUCCUCCAGGAAUGGAGAUGGCCCAGCUUAUAUGUGGUGGUUGUCGAACUUUAUUGAUGUAUACUCGCAAUGCAACUACCGUUAGAUGCUCAUGUUGUGAUACAGUCAAUCUUGUCAGGGCAGGACCUCCAGUGAGUAGUAUAGCUCAUGUGAACUGCGGCCAGUGCCAGACGGUGUUAAUGUAUCCAUAUGGAGCGUCUUCUGUCAAAUGUGCUAUCUGCAAUUUUAUUACUACUAUUGGAAUGAAUACUGUGAGACCUUUGCCACCUACAAUGCCUGCACCAAAUGGAUCUCAAUACAGUGUCCCAUCGACUUCUGCUCCAUCCGCCCCAUCGCAGAAUGUAACUGUCGUUGUAGAAAAUCCAAUGACGGUAGAUGAAAAGGGAAAAUUGGUGAGCAACGUCGUAGUCGGGGUUACGACCGGUGGGAAAAAGUAGCAGCACACAAGUGCAGCAUUGUUUUAUGUUUUAUAAAUCUGGAGUUGGAGAAACUUUGUAUUAUACUCCUGUUUGGUGAUCGAUCCAUUGCUCAGAAACCCCAAAGAGCGUAAAUGCGCACCUCUAGUACGAUCUCGCCGACAAAAAAAAAAGAGUGCGGGUGUGGAUAACGAGAAGUCUGUACUUUGUUUACCCCCUUGAUUCUUUUGUAUGUAAUAUAUGGGCCCCUGCUAGACUUCACUGUGUGAUCAAAUCCUGUCCUGAAAGGGCUUCUCAUUCUGGAUGAAUAACAGACAGAUAACUUUGCACAUGGCUGGCUCCAGUUGUCGAUGAUUUAGUACAUGGUAAUUCUUGUGGUGAUUAAUUCUUUGAAGGCUAUAUGCGUACAUCUCCUAUGUAAGAUUUAUUCGGUAGCAUUGUACACAUACUGGUUGUGUGUAUUUAUACACCGUACAUGACAAAGUACAGGUCAGAGAUAAGUGCAAUUGAUUGUUGGUGAGAAAGUCAUGCUAUGGCCUGUAAAAUAAAGUUGUGAUGUUGGAUUGUACUGUA